UUAGAAGAAUCAAAUUAUGAAGCCAUUACAAGUAUUGAACAAAAAAAGGUUGAAAUUGCUAAAGCACAAGCCUAUGAAAUUGGAAAUAACUAUCUUUCAUAUAUCUCAUUUGUGGUUAAAAACAUUAACAUAAAAAAUUUGUUUAGCAAAAAUCAGUUCUUAGUGAACCAGAAUUUAGCCACAUUAUUAACAACAGUGGCAGUUGCAUCUACAUCCACUAUAACUACUAGUGACAACAAUAAUGAUAAAUCAGAGAUCUCAAGCCUAUUAUAUUUAGGCAAUCUUGGAAGUCAUCCUUCUGAAAAUUAUAUUAAGGCAGAGCUGUGGGCAAAAAUAUUCUCUAGUAUUUUCACACUCAAUAAAGCAAAAUUUGUUCUAGUUCGAGAAUUGCACAAUUUAAUUUUUGGAAAUGUUGAAUUUGAAAAAGAAGGUUUUGAGAUCCAUAAGGAUAACAUAGUAGUUGUGACAGAGGCAGUGUAUAAACUUAAUUAUAUAUUAACUUUAGCACAUAAUUUAUUGGAAGAAGAGGUUAACAGAACUUGUAUACAUAGAACUGAUGACUUAGAGAAAAACAUUAAAAAUGGGUUGCAACUAGUUAUUUACCUGAGAGAAACUAUUUGUAAAAAUGGACUAUGGAUUGAAACAAUAUUAAACAAAGAAUCAACAAGUUAUGAUUAUAAAUUAAAAGAAUUAUUACCACAACUACCAAAUGAAGCUGUAAAAUCAAGAAAUUGUGAUACCAAAUAUACACCACUCACAAAAAGGCUGCGGCAUGUCUUUUCUAUAUAA